AUGGCUCAAGUCGCUUCAGCCAUCCUGAUCAAUGCGGUCUUCUCGAUCCCAUUGAUCCUCAGUCUCUUCCCUUCACCCCAGCCAAUGACUGCUUCUGUCAGAAUCGCGGCCGGGAGUCUCAGCUUCCAUCCGGAGAUUGACGGAACUAGCACAGGGGGUGACAUGCCCAACUUUGAGCUCUACGACGUCCGAGGCGGGCUCCUCGGCAGAAAAUAUAGCAACAACGCCCUUGUCAGUGGCGCCGAGACCUCCAACGACCACGUCGGAGACGGCCAGGUCCGCGACAUCGAGAUCAGCACGACGGGCACCCCCGAGUACAUCAAGCUCGGGUACAUGAACGAAGACUCGGACGACCCGCUGUGCAUCGCCUACCUGCAGGUCACGUCGGCCCGCGGCGCAGACUUCCUCACCUGGAACGGCGAGUACGGCAAGCAGUGCGGCAUGAAGUGGUACCCCAGCCAGCUGCGGUACCCGGGGGACAGCGACUCCUUCCGGCCGGCCUGCGUCUGGAUCGGCAACCACGACGCCAGCAUGCCGCGGGGCCUCACGCUCAAGCUGACCGACUUCUCCGGGCAGUCGGCCGACAGGGCCGCCGCGGCGGGCCGCCAGUGGACCGCCAACAACGACCUCAUCUGCAAGGCGCCCGGCCGCAUGCUGUUCUGGAAGACGCUCAACGCCAAGACGGACUGCCUGCCCUACUACAACCGCAUCCCGGCGCGCAGCCCCGAGGGCGAGGACCAGAACCCGCUCGAGAUCAUGGGCGGGCACACCCUCAAGGAGGGCUGCGACCCGGGCAAGCCCUGGAUCGACGUCGACCUGCGGCCUCCGCCGCCCGCCGGAGACGGCGCGUUCGGCGGCGUCGCGUCUGCCAUCCCCGCGCCCAUCCCCAACGGCGCGGGCUCGUUUGGCGGGGUCUCGGGCUCGAUCCCUAUCGACGACCCGACGACGAAGAUCGGCGCGGGGUCCUUUGGCGGGGUGGCGGGCUUCAUCCCCAUCCCGACCUCGACCACGACGUCGCUCAGGGGCGGCCUGCUGUCCACCAUGUCCGCGCAGCCGGUCGGGCCCACGCCGGAGCCGACGCUGCUGGGCGACCCCAACGAGAAGCGGAGCAGCGACGACGCCGACGCAGAUGUCAAGAGGCGCCGCGAGUCGCGGCUCAAGACGAGGCGGGCCCUGCGCGCCAGGAAGGACCCGUGCGUCAACAGCCUCACCAUCAGCGAGCACGGCGAGCACAGCGCGACCGAGGUCUGCGGCAGCAAGAACUCCUGGGGCGCCGACUUCGUGUCCACGGUCGAGAGGCGGUACUGCGACAUGUGCACGCGCGAGGUGUGGCCGCUGUGCGAGGAGGGCGCCGUCGACAAGGGCUGCUUCCACGUCGGGCGGCGGGAGCUGGUGCUCGACGACGGCGCCGAUGAGGCUGCUGGGCUGCUGGGCAGGCGGGACGAGCUGCAGAAGGACUUUGCGCGUGUUGAGCACUGGAAGGCUUAG